UGCCAACCUGACAGAGUUGAACGAAAGGAAGACGAAGAAUGCAUCUAACGCAGGUACACCCGCCAAAAUAAAUUAAUUGUUAAAAUAAAAAAGAAAAUACGAAAAUCUCUCUGAGAAAUGCGACGCUGAUGAUUUACGAUUACGGAGACUCGCACCGACACCACCGAAGCUUCAUCUUGGUUGAAUCAGGUAAAUGUUUUUCGGCUUGGAAGGUUGCAGCUAACAAAUCGAUUCAGAGACUGAGUAGAUAGAUAGGCACCUUUUUUGUCCAUGUUUGGCGAUGAUGCUGAGUAUUAGUGGAAAAGAACAAUGCAGCUUCCAUUGUGAUGACUUUCCUGAAGUUGGGUCUUWGUAAAGUUAGUUGCUGAACUAAUAUCAAUGGGUGUCAGUUAUAUAGCAAUAUCUGCGGCAUGUACAGUGUUAAGUUUUGUUGGUCUCCAGUUAUGGACGGAGUUAUCGAUAGAAAACCUAAAAUCAGAAAAAAUAAUUGGAGAAAAUCCUUUUCAGACGGAGAGUGCUGGCCGUGUCAUUGAUUUGCUCUUAAGUUCCUACGUCACUGUGGGACUGCUGGCUAACUUUGCACUUAAUGUGUUUGUUCUACUCAUACUAUUUCUCAAGACCAUAUUUUUUGUUGAGCUAUAUUCAUCUGAGAGUCGGAAGUUGGUGGAGCGUCUUGUUAAUUAUGUCAUUUACAAGGGAACAUUUCUACCUCUGGUUGUUCCACCAACAAAAUAUCAUGCAGCAUUGUGGUCAAUCUGGUUGGCUGUCUUAUGUUCAUUGAAGAUGUUUCAAGCAUUGGCUAGAGAUCGUCUUGAACGUCUGAAUGCAUCACCCUCUGCCACUUCAUGGACAUAUUUUCGUGUGUAUUCUGUAUUAUUGCUGGUCCUCUUUGUUGACCUUUCUGGGAUAAGAUUCUGUCUGAUGAUAUACCGAACACUGGGUUUAUCUUUGUUUCUCUUGUUGUUCUUUGAGCCUUUAAGCAUUGCUUUUGAGACGUUACAGGCCAUUUUGGUUCACAGCUUUCAGUUGCUUGAUAUAUGGCUUCAUCAUUCAGCUGGAUACAGCUCAAAUUGUCAGAUCACAGAGUUUUUUAAUACAACAAUAGCUGGUUCCUUGUGGGAAUUGAAAGGCAGUCUUAUCAGAAAUCUGGGAUUUUUCCUCGACAUGGCAACAUUAUUAAUGGCACUUGGUCAUUAUGUGCAUAUAUGGCGGCUUCAUGGAAUGACAUUUAAUCUCGUGGAUGCAGUCCUUUUCUUGAACAUUCGCGCCUUAUUAAGUGCAACAAUAAAGCGUAUUAGAGGUUUCAUGAAAUUGAGAAAAGCUUUAGGUGCUCUACACGCAGCUCUUCCUGAUGCAACAUCUGAAGAGCUGCAAUCAUAUGAUGACGAAUGUGCUAUCUGCAGGGAACCUAUGGCCAAGGCUAAGAAGUUAAACUGCAAUCACCUUUUUCAUCUUGCUUGCUUGAGAUCUUGGUUGGAUCAAGGUCUAAAUGAAUAUUAUUCAUGUCCUACUUGUCGAAAGCCACUUUUUGUAGGCAGACAAGAAAAUGACGUAAAUCCUCGUGCAGGAGGGACUUUUAGUGAUGAGCAGCUUGCUCGUCAGAUAAGUGCAGGACUUAAUCGACAGAAUGCUACUGUACCCACCCUUCCUGCUGGAAUUUUCCCCAAUCAGACACAAAAUUCCGUUGAAGGCAGUCCUUGGAGAAGCACCAGUCUUGAUCCAAGUUGGUUGCAUGAUUGGGCUAGCCAGAGCGUGGAUGGGGCUGGUCCAUCAAAUGCAGCUAGAUCUGUUGGAUUGGGUAGAGUUCAGAUGAUGAUGAGACAUCUUGCAUCUGUUGGUGAAACUUAUGCCCAGACAUCCAUUGAAGAUUCUGCUUGGGGCCUUUGGCCKAUUAAUCCCCCACAGGUAGUUCCUGGUGGUUCACAAGUUCCUCGAGGUGGUGUUGGAAGACAUCCUGGUAGUAUGGGUGGUUUAAAUAUGAAUGUGCCACGUGCUCCAAAUGACAGUUUAGCCAAUAUACUUGCCAUGGCAGAGACAGUACGAGAAGUUCUGCCUCAUGUCCCUGAUGAGUUAAUUUUCCAGGAUUUGCAGCGUACUAAUUCUGUCACCGUCACUGUGAAUAAUCUUCUUCAAAUGUGAUUACCAAUCCAGUCGGAUCUUUGUUUUCUCGUGCCUCAUAUGAUACYUUUGGAUCCUACCCUCCCCAGGUAACCAAAUCUCAAGGAGGAGAUAGGUAAUCGYGUUGGUUAAAUUAACAGACAUACGUUUUCUUAUCUUUCUUUAUCUCUGUUUCUGAUCUUAUUUUUUUUUCUCCUCUUAAAUAUUAAACUUAUAUAUGCUUUCAAAUAGCCAAUUGUAUCCAGCUCAGUUUCAAGAGAUAAAUGUAUGAAUGUGAAACUCUCUCAUUCUCUUACCCCGAGAUGCUGGUCAUUGCAUCCCCGACCCCGCCUCGCACCCCAAAAUACUUUGUAUAUGUCUCUACAUCUUGACAAAAACCACCAUAAUAAUAAAUGGAGGACUCGGCCAUUGUACAUAGCGAUUUAUAUAAUUGUGUUUAUUGAUAGCAUUA